GUCGCAGCUUCCUGCCCCGCCCCCGGACCCUCCCCCUUCUCCUGGUGACAGGGGGGGGUUACCUUGGUUACCAGCACUACAAGGGGAGGGGCCAACCGGAGGAGGGAGCCCCGCCCCGUACAGCCACGCCCACUCAGGUGGCGCUGUACCACUCCUUCCCGACCCGCCUCCUCUCCAGAGCCUGGGGCCGUCUGAACGGCGUGGAGCUGCCCACCUGGCUGAGGAAGCCCGUCUACUCUCUGUACAUCUGGACCUUCGGGGUCAACAUGCAGGAGGCAGCAGUGGAGGAUCUUCAUCACUACAGAAACCUGGGAGAGUUCUUCAGACGACAACUCAAACCUGCAGUCAGACCUCUCUGCGCCUCCUCCUGCCUGAUUUCUCCGGCUGACGGCAGGAUUCUUCACUUUGGUCGAGUGCAGAACUCUCAGGUUGAGCAGGUGAAGGGAGUGACCUACAGCCUGGAGCACUUCCUGGGUCCUCAGAGGGGGCGGAGCCAAGACGCGUCCCGGUCCUUCCAGGACCUGCUGCUGUCCUCUCCUCAGAACGACCUGUUCCACGUGGUGGUCUACCUGGCUCCAGGUGACUAUCACUGCUUCCACUCACCUACAGACUGGAGGGUGGAGCUGAGGCGACACUUCCCAGGCUCUCUGAUGUCUGUGAACCCGGGCGUGGCUCGGCUCGUUAAAGAGCUCUUCUGUCUUAACGAGCGUGUGGCUCUGAGCGGCCAAUGGCAGCACGGUUUCUUCUCGUUAACGGCGGUGGGGGCCACCAACGUGGGCUCCAUCAGGGUCUACUUCGACCAGGAUCUUCAGACCAACGCUCCCCGCUACAGUAAAGGCUCUUUCCACGACCGCAGCUAUGUUGCCCUUGACGACCAGGUGCUGAAGGCGGCAGAUGAAGGGGGCGUGGCCUCGGGGGAAGGCGUGGUCUUGCAGCGGGGGGCGGCAGUGGGGGAGUUUAACCUCGGCUCUACCAUCGUGCUGCUGUUCGAGGCGCCCAAAGACUUCAGCUUCGACCUCCAGCCGGGCCAGAAAAUCAGGGUGGGGGAGGGGCUCGGCAGCCUCUGAUUGGACAACUCAAUGGCCUCUGAUUGGACGACUAGAUGACCACUGAUUGGACGACUAGAUGGCCUCUGAUUGGACGACUAGAUGGCCUCUGAUUGGACGACUAGAUGGCCUCUGAUUGGACGACUAGAUGGCCUCUGAUUGGACGACUAGAUGGCCUCUGAUUGGAUGGCUAAAUGGCCUCUGGUUCGACGGCUCGGCGGCCUCUGAUUGGACAGCUCGGCGGCCUCUGAUUGGCCGAGCUGCAGACUCAGAGGGAGGGGCCUGAUUUUGAACGAUGAAAGAAAGAUUUUAUAGAUUAUUUCUAAGCAUUAUGUAUUCUCUACAAAAUAAGACGCUGCUGGGGACAUAAAGCGGACUCAAACUCCCAGAAUGCCUUGUGCCUCCUGAAGGGAAAAUGCCAAAAGUGUUACUUUUAUGUUUUUCUGUUCUGUCUCCAUGUUGUUCUUCCAGAGACUCAACACGCGUUUGUUUAAUCUCUAAAACCACACAUCAGAUUUAACAAACACAUUAUAAACUGUAAACAUAUCAAACACAUAAACUGUUAAACUAACGGUAACAUUAUAACAAGUUUCUCCGUCCACAGUUUGAAUGUUAAAACUUUAUUGUUCUCAACAACAGAAGAUGCUAACCGUUCAGUUUCUUUACUUUUGUAAAAUAUGUAAUUAUUAAUAAAUAUUUCUUUCACAGCA